AUGAAGCGUACCAGCUCGAUUGGCGGCUAUCAGAACCCUCCUUACACCUCGCAACACACGCGCUCAACGUCGCUACUCAACUCUCUAGGCCGGCCACAGCAACCCAACUUUCAGCGCUCGUCGUCCGGGGGCGGUAAUUUUGGGCAGGAUGCGGGCCUCUCAUCCGUCAGACGAUCCGUCUCCAGCAAUCUCUUCCAAAAUGCAAAUGCCGGUCGCCUGAGCUAUGCGCCUGGCUCAUUUCCCACGAACUCGUCAUCGCAACAGAACCUACAGCGCAGGAGUAGCGUAUUUUCCCGCCCUUCAAUGGCUGGAGGCCCGAUGACGCAUCAAUCCUUCUUCACACAAGGACCUGUUCCAGCAGGUGUACCGAAAGACCCAAGACCCCUCAAAGAUCGUGCGUUCCAGGCGCGGAUAAGCCAGGAGCUCUUGGAAUACCUUACUCAUAACAAUUUCGAGUUGGAAAUGAAGCACUCUUUGGGCCAAAAUUCUAUGAAGUCGCCAACGCAGAAAGACUUUACGUACAUUUUUCAAUGGCUUUACCAUCGCAUCGACCCAGGCUACAAGUUUCAGAAAAGCAUUGAAGCCGAGGUGCCACCGAUUCUGAAGCAGCUGCGCUACCCUUAUGAGAGGAGCAUCACCAAGUCUCAAAUCGCCGCGGUUGGGGGUCAAAGUUGGUCUACGUUUCUUGGAAUGCUUCAUUGGAUUAUGCAACUCGCGCAGAUGUUGGACCGUUUUGCCAUUGGUGAAUACGAUGAUGCCUGUGGUGAAGUUGGCGUCGAUGUCUCAGGCGAUCGUAUUAUCUUUCGGUUCUUAACAGGGGCUUAUCACGACUGGCUACAAGGAGGUGAGGACGAAGAUGAAGAAAUCGCUGAAAAACGCCUUGUUCCUCAUGUCGAAGCAAUGGCAGUUGAGUUUGAGCGCUCAAAUGAAAAAUAUGUCCAGGAGAUGCAAGACUUGGAGGCCGAAAAUCGCGCCCUUCGCGAUCAACUUGAGGAACUAGAGAAAAACGCUCCGGACAUGGCGAAACUCGACAAACUAUUCCGAAUCCUUGAGGAUGACAAGCGCAAGUUCGAAGAUUACAAUUCAAAUGUGCAGGGGAAGAUCGACAAGUACAACAACCGCAUCCAGUUUCUUGAGGAAGAAAACAACAAAGCCGAAAUCGACUUGCAGACGGCAGAAGACGAGCGUUCUAGUUUGCAGGCGAGCGUUGACAGCCAGGGCAUCACUAUACAGGAUAUUGACCGAAUGAAUACUGAACGUGAACGGCUACAGCGAAGCCUUGAAGACACUGCAGGACGGCUCGAUGAAACUCAUGGUCGUUUAAUGGAGAAGGAGGCUGAAGCGAAUCAAAAACUUGAAGAUCUGGAGCAGGUGGUGAAAAUCUACAAUACCCUUGGCUACCAAAUAAGUCUGAUACCAUCUACGGCCGUUAAUGCCAAAGGGGACGAUUACGAAAUUCGCCUCAAUAUGAAUGAGGCUAGCUUCUCUUCUUCACAACUCGGUGGCUCACAAAAUAGAAACUCUCCGGAGGGAUAUCGUCUUCUAGCAGACGCAAAUACCGGGUAUCAACCCGUGAACCUGCUAAAGCUUGAUCUCAGAGGCGUUGUACGCGCGAACCUCGUGUCGCUUAGAAAGGAGGUCAACGAGCGACGGAAGAAUGCCGCAGAAAAAGAUAUCUCUGACCGCGAUCUCCUUAACGAAAUCAAGGAGGCCAUGGAUGAGAAACGAAGUGAAAUCGAAGCACUUGAGCACAGACGACGUGCAGCCGAAGAGGAGUUUGAGCGCACCAAGGAAAUAACAACAACGCAAAAGGUCCAGUCGGAUGCCCAGAUAGAGAAAAUGGAAAAGGAACUGGCAAAGAUGCGGGCCUCCCUGAUUGAAAGCGUCCAGAUUAUGGAACAAAGGGAGAUGAACACCGAUGUUGAAUACGAGCAACUUACAUUGCGCGCCAACCAGCUUCGCGAAGAGCUUCAUACCGGAGUCGAGAGCAUGCUGAACGAUAUAAUCCGCUUCAAAGUCCAUGUCCAAAAGGGCUUGGAAGACUACGAAAGUUUCGUGGUAGACGAGGUUGAGCAGGAAUUGGGUGGCGAAAUACCGUCGACGGAAGACAUGGAAAUGGCUGAAGCAGACUACUAG